AUCAAAUUCGUACUGCGGACGCCAUAUGGCCACGAGGCAAACUUCCCAGCCCUACACACAGAAGUUCACCCUGAUUCAUAUCUGCCUCUUUGGCAAUCUCAUAGGAGACCACAGGAGGAAACAUUUACCAUAAGGCAGCUAGGCUACGUUGUGUUGGGGUGGCGAUGGAACUCCGCUCUUGCGGUUAGUAUUACAAGCGCAGACUACUCGAGGUUUCUGUCGCAUCUAUAUUUCCUUCAUGUCUAUGUUCCCGGAUGCUUGGAUUUUUCGGAUCUGGAAGAGUGAGACCGCGGGUCAGGCUGGAGUAGAUACCACAGCAUUCACUACUUCUGAUCCACUGAGGCUAUGGAUAAUCCAGAUGUGUAUAAUUAUUAUGAUGGGGCAAUUUCUAUCACUGGGGUUAGGCAAGAUCAGACAGCCAAAAGUCGUUGCUGAAAUACUUGGUGGAAUUCUCCUCGGCCCUACUGCCAUGGGACAAAUCCCUGGUUUCACAAAGCAUUUUUUCCCCGCUCAAUCCUUCCAAUAUCUUUCGCUAACUGCCAACAUUGGCGUCUGCCUAUUUUUCUUCACGGUCGGGCUUCAAAUUGACGCAAAUGUCAUCACGCGUAAUGCGCGCUCAUCUCUACCCAUCGCAUUCUCCACCACGGCCUUGUCAUUUGGUCUCGGUGCUGCCAUUUCUGUGCCAUUAUACCACAACUUCGUUCCUCCUGUCGAGUUUACGUACUUCAUGCUUUUCACUGGCCUGUCAUUUUCUAUCACAUCUUUUGCCGUUCUUUGUCGCAUCCUCACCGCAUUGAGACUCCUAGAUACAACGGUCGGCGUCGUUGCCCUGUCAACUGGCAUGUACAACGACAUAGUUUGUUGGAGUCUGUUGGCACUGUCCGUGGCUCUUGUCAAUAAGACCUCCGGGAUUACAGCUCUAUGGAUCCUGCUGGCAUUCGUGGCAUUCACAGUAUUUCUCAUGUGGCCGGUUAGAAUCGCGCUGAUGCGAUUUGCCAAGUUCACGAGAAGUUCGGAGAACGGCUCUACGAUAUUCUUCAUGACUAUUAACGUGAUCGUGUUUUGGGCAUGUGCGUUUUUCACGGAUAUUGUAGGGAUCAGUGCAAUCUUUGGUGCGUUCCUGGGGGGAGUUAUUGUCCCCCGUAAAGGAACUUUUGCCAUCUCGCUGACGAAGAAACUUGAAGAUGUGGUGACGAUUGUGUUUUUACCUCUGUACUUCACGCUCUCCGGGUUGAAUGCCGAUCUUAGAUUGCUUAAUAAUGGUACGACUUGGGGACUCGCCAUCGCAAUCAUAUGCCUACACUUUGCUGGAAAAUUCAGUACCUGUACGAUCUCCACUCGAGUUUCCGGAAUGAGUUGGCGAGAGUCAAGCACUGUUGGAUUGUUGAUGUGUUGCAAAGGUCCGGUAGAAUUGAUCAUUCUCAACAUCGGACUCUCUACCGGCAUUCUCACCAGAAGGGUGUUCUCGAUGUUUGUCCUCGAAGCUCUGGUCCUGACUUCCAUAAUCACACCCUUGGUCUCCGUUCUAUAUAAUCCUGAACGCCGGGUUCGUGCGCUAUUUGAAGGCGUUUCACACGGGUCAAUUGAAGACAAGGAUGAAGAUAUAGGCGACUGCCGUCUUGCAUGACUGAGGAUCAACUAUGGCGCUCCCGCUUCACUGUUUUCCUCGACAAAUUCGAUCACAUGUCGAGAAUUCUGGCGGCUACCACUACCGUCACCCUUUAUCCCAAGUUCUCAACAAACUGAUACAUGUGUGAAUUCCGCACUUUGGAGAGCUCAAUGAUAUAUGCAUUUCAAUUUCACUUUCUAUCGUCCCGUAUGAGGACUAGUCAAAAACUAUCUCCCAUCAUGCGACACAAUAUGGAUCCAAGCCCAUCCUCUUACAAUGGCUCCCGCCAUCGUACAUUUUGACUGAAGACCCGCACAAUCCACACAGCACGGAGA